UAUGCGAAAGAGAAAUGAAAUCGCUGUGAAGUUAGUCGUUGUGGUUUCUCCUUCGGUGGAUAAUAUUCCAGAUGAUUCUAUAAACCGAGACGUACAGAAAAGCGAACCUUACGUGUUCUAAAAUACGCGUUCGUAAGUUAUCGCGAAUGUUGCAGUGGUUCUGAUAAUUUCGCUCGAUUUAGCGGAAAUUGACCUUAUAAAAAAAGAAAAGUUGGAGGAGAGAUACAAUUGGAUCUUUUUCUUACCAAAAAUAUGUCAUAUCCAAAUUCGCCAUUUAGUGGUUUUCCGUUCGAAGACGAUUUUGGUGAUAGAAAUUUUCGUUCCCAACUUGACGAUAUCGCACAGCGUCACCCGGAAUUUGCGCAACAUUUAAAUUUCGAUCGGUUUCCGAGUCAAGGACGCCGUAGAAGGGGCUCCGACGAGCGGACUCAACCCCCGCCGGAGAAUCGCCGAUUUGAGCGCCCGUUUCGGUCGCGUUUCGAAGAUUUUGGGUUCCCGUUUGGUGCUCGGGAGUUCGAGGAGGGUCCAUUUUACCGGGAAGAAGAUUUUUUGCCAACAGAGAGAGAGGAGCAAAAAAAUCCCGUUGAGGAGGAGAAAUUGAGCGAAAAAGAGGAAGGCGGUGUUAAAAAAAAUAUCCAACAAAGUAAUACGGUCGAUUUGGGGAAAAACCAGGAACCGGUUGAUGAUCAAAGAGGGCAAAGAUCAAUGUCUGCCCCACCAGAGAAUCGCCCAAGAUUUGUUUCUAGUAUUAACAUCCCCGUUCAAGGGUUACAAACUCCCGGAGGUGGUGAACAAAUGGGGGGGAGGUCGUCCCAGCCGGAAAAACCGAUGGAACGAGUUAUCCCGAUUCAUGUCGAGGGAAGAGAUGAACCCGUUUUACCAAAAAAUCCCAACUUUACAACUAACCAACAGCAACAACCUCAACCGGAACGGAUUUUUGGGAGAAAUCCGAACCAAUUUACUCAAUUUUUAAACAAAGGUGAACCCCAAGUGAAUCAAGAUGAAUUAUUUAAACAACAACAGCGAGGUUAUCAACAAAAACAAAAAGAGAAUUAUCAACAACAAAAACAACACGAACAAGAACAACCACAACAACAACAAGAAGAAGAAUGUUGUGAAUCUCAAGAAGAAAAGAAAAAGCCUUUAACUCAAUUAGAUCAAAUUCAAAACAUACAAAAAGAUGUUUCCGAGUUGAUGAAUCGUGUUGAAAGGUUUAACGGAAAACCAAAAGAUAAAGAGUACCUUUAUUUGGAUGAGAUGUUAACUCGUAAUUUGAUUAAAUUGGAUAACAUUGAAACCGAGGGCAAAGAUAAUAUAAGGCAAGCUCGUAAAGAGGCGAUUAAAUGUAUUGAAGGAUGUAUCGGAAUCUUGGAAGCUAAAGCGAAUGCUAAUUUAACGAAGGAGAAUGUCGUGGAGGAGGAACCUAAUCAAAUUCAAAACGAUAAUGAAAUGAAAGAAAUAAAAGAUGAAGUGAAAGAGGAAAUAAAAGAUGAAGUACAAGAGGAAAGUAAAGAAGAAAUUAAAGAAGGAACGAAUGAAAAUAAUAAGGAAGAUGUAAAAGAAGAAAUAAAAGAUGAUGAUAAAAAUAAAUGUGAAGAGAUUGAAGUUGAAAAAGAUGUUCCUGGGGGUUCAUUGGAAGUUUCGGGUGUUGCGCGAAGUGGAACUUUGGUUGUUGAAGAAACGCCGAUGGAUGUUGUUGAAGGUGGUGGUGAUGUUAAGAAAGAAGUUGAUGAUAAAGAAAGUAUAAAGGUGGAGGAGAAAAAGGAGAAGAAAAAAGUUACAAAAAAGAAGGAAAAGAAAUAAAUUGCCUUUUUGAUUAUCACAAAGCUGUGAUUUUGAUUGCGAUUAUUCACCCCCUAUUUUAAUAAUUAUUUUUUUUAAGUUAAUUUUUCGUUUUUACCGUCCGUUUUUAAUUAAUAUUAUAUUUAUUUAUAUAAAGAAUUAAAUUAAAUUAACCCUUUUUUGAUGUACAUAGAUGACCAGUAUGUUUUUUAGGUUGUGCCAUAUGUACAUAAUGUAUCACAUUGAUGAAGAAAUUUUCUUAAUUUAGAUGAUUAUUAAAUGAUGUAGAGAAGAAUUAAUGAUGCCUUGCUUUUUUGUAGAGAUCUCGUUGACAAAUAAAUUAAUCUCUACUUAAUAUUUAA